GUGGCCAGUUUCAGAAUGCGGCCCCGCCUGGCGCUGCGCUAAAUUUCCAAAGCUUGUUUCAGUCGCCCGGGCAGGGGGCUGCUCCUCCUGGGGGACAAGCGACCGCCGCGCCUUUUCAGCCGUCGGGACGUCCAAAAAGAACGUCGGCGCCAGUGCCCGCCACGACAUACCAAGGCCAGUUUUCUAAUGGUGCGAUAAUUGCCCAACCAGUGCACACGGGCGGAGGGUCAUCCUCUUCUUCCUCAGCUUUUCCGCCAAGAACAGGAGCACAGGGCCAGCAACCGUGUGAAAACAGCAACGGUGGAUUGCCGAUCCGUAAUCAAAAUGUUCAAGUUACUCCGGGACCCAUAAUAACGCCGAAUCUCCGACCUCCUCGGCCCGGAACAGGAGGCUUCGCCGAUGUCUUCAGUUCCAGUGUCGCCGGACAGAAGCGGCGGUUGCCCGCGUCGGAAGCGUCCAGUACGCCCGAAGCCCCAGCUUUAACGAUCAAGACACAUGCGGGAAAACCUGUCGCAGACUGUCGCACCGCCCAGCUCGCGCGAUGUUGGUGGCGGCUUCUGCGGGAAACGCACGAUAACAAACCCGCGAAAAUUCCAAUGGCAGGUCGCGAACAGGUGAAGGCACUGUGGGCGGACGACAAGGACCCUGCAAACGGCGUUGUCUUUCGUGUCAACCGCAAUCUACAUACGAAGAAAAUCACGCCCUGCAGCCAGCAGACUCUGACCCACCAGUCUCGGUUUUCCAAGGUUCUUUUCCGUCACUUUGGGUCCUACCGUUUUCUGCACGUGCUUGUGCGUAUCCCCGACAGCAAGCGGCCGCUGUCGAAGGAGAAUCUUGAGAAAGAGCUGCAGGUGAACGCUGCGUUCGACUACGGCAUGUGGCGGUACGAGUUUUUGUACGCUGUGCCGAAGGACAGGAAGUUCGGUGUGGAUAAAGAAGAAUCUUCCGGUGUCAACGAUGUAGAUGUGGACAUGGACGACGCAGAAAAGAACGCUUUUCGUGAGCAUUUCGAAGGACACGAACACUUUCAGCUGACCUAUUUCGCAGUUUCAGUAUCCGCGCAAAUGCAGACCAUCGUUCGUGAAAAGGGACUGGUCGUUCCAGAUCCCGAAAGCACUUACGAAUACAAGCAAGUCGCGCCCGCAGGUCUGCACGUAGUGAGAAAUACCGCCACAGCAGCUCCGGCUCCGCACAGUAUCAAUCUCGACGUGCUGCAGCCGAUAUCUAUCUUGGAUGUGUACCUGUUUCACAGCCACAACAACAUGAACAAUUUGCGCGCACUGAUCUCGAGUAGCAAAGUGCUGAAGCGAUUUCGCUUACUCCUGACGGACACGAUACCGACGGUGACGGUUCCCGGCGACUGCAUCCAAGUGGUCCCUGAUCGCGUGACGCAGGAUCCGAACUACCCGAAGGAGCCUGGCGUCAUCGGCAAUGACGGGCACGGACUGAUCGGGUAUGAGUUGGCCGUAAAAGUUGCGAGUGCGCUGGGCUUGGAAAAAAUUCCGACAACUUUUCAGGCCCGCUUUGCGGGGGUGGUCAAGGGCAUGUUCACGGUGUCGGCAAAAGCGGAGAACAAGCACAAGCUGCUGAUUAGUCGUACUCAGCUUAAAGUGACAGACGUGGAUUGGAGAACCCUCACGGACGCGCAGAGGGUUCUCGAGAUCAAAGACUGGUCUUCUGCACGCGUAAACCCGCUGAAAAACGGACUGCCGCAUCAAGUUAGCAUCCUCCUGGAAGCACUGGCGUAUCGAUCCGGUACCGCGGAGAAGCUGGAAAAAUUUCUGCAGGACCAGGAGCGCAGCCGUGUGAAAGAGGUGGAGGACCUUUUCUCGGGCGUUUCGGCCGAUGGCCGUGAAAGACUAGGUGAGAAGGGCGAACUUGAGAAGCAGUUGCUGGCGGCGUUACCGAGAAGCAAACUUUGCGAUGCGGACACGAGGACGCUGCGGGAAUUAUUGCAAGGGGGCUGGCCACUGUCCGCGGCGCCCUUCUUGCCGAUUGCGGCCAUAGCGCAUUUCCAGAAGAAUGUCAUGGCCACAACCCUGAACAACGAGAAGCUGCACGUCCCAGACUGCUACUGCGUCUUUGUGAUUGCCGACGAGGACGGCGUCCUCGAGCCAGGAGAGGCAAUUUUUCGGCGGAACGGAACAGCAUUCGCUGGGGACAUCCUGGCGACGAGGGUGCCAGCGAACGUCAUCUCAGAUGUCCAGCGGUACCGCUGCUUGGGCCACACGGAGAUCCACGCUCGCUGGCGCGACAAGGAACGAAUGGGAAUUUCGUAUGAGACGGACAACGUUCUGGUGCUUAGUUCCACGGCAUUCACCUACCCCGGCCAGUUGGAUGCGUCGGGGGUACCUCGCAGGGCGCGCGCCCCAGUUGAUCUCUCUUCGGGUGGCGAUAUGGACGGAGACAAGUUCUAUGUGAUUUGCUGCGAGGCAGUGACGAGCUUGAUCCCCCAGGCCGUUCAGUAUACGAACACCACGGACAUCCUGCGGGCAAGAGCGAGAACGCUCAAGCAGCAGCAGAAAUGUGCCCCGGGGCAGCCAGCCUCAACCAGCUUCACCAUCGCUGCCGAUCUGAGUGCCACCAUUCGUAGGGAAAUGUUCUCAGCGCAUUUGUGCAGCGCGAAAGUGGGACAGCUGUACGCGUGUUGGAAGAGUACGAGCGACCGGUUGGGCGCAGGUGAUCAAUACGCAGAGGCCUUGGGCUGGAUCAGCCAAGAAGCAUUGGACCAACGACUGACGCGCGAAUUGGAGGAGGUGGUCCUAAUUCCAUUUGCGACUGUGCUCGACGAGAAGGCCUACGCACAGCCUAGUUACCACUACCCUGCAAAAGGCACGGCCGAGGAGACUGCCGCGACUGCAAGGGUGCGCGAGCUGCUGCUGCCUGUGCUUGUAACGAAGAGUGGCGAGGAAGAGGAUUUUAGUGCGGAGCAGAGCAUCAAAGCUCGCAUCUGGCCAAAAAUGCUCGCGCCCGACUGGGACAAAAAGCUCGCGAAGAAGGCGAUGCGGCAGCAGACUGGCUUUCAACAAGACCAGGGGAGUUCUGCAGCGAUCGAAGAUCUUGACAAAGCGUACGACAAGGUAGUCAAUGAGCACGCGUUCAAAAGUGGAUCGAUACUUGGGAAAAUUCAUAGGAUGAUGCGAUACUACGCGAAACAUGACUUCUGUCUGCGGUGCAUGCAUAAGGCGCAUGACUUCAAGUUUGCGGAGAACGCAACAACCGACUCGUGGAUGGUUGAUUCCUACUUUUCCGAGCACAAAGAAGUCCAGCAAGAGUUCCGCACUAAUCGGAGUACCGACUUCGAUACGUACUGGAAAAAACUGGAAAAGAGGACAUCCCGUCAUGCUCUCCCGCCUGCACUUGGCUACGCGCCGUUGCAGUUCGACAAUUCGAGCGACCUUUUGGGCGGUGUAGGAUCGCAAAGCUCGCAAGGCAGCGAUGGAAGUGCCUUUGCCUCUCAGCCACUGCAUGUCGUCGGAGGCACAAAUAAUUCUGAAAAUCAUGACCAGUGUGUAACAGGGCCGGCUCCCCAUCCGAUUGUAGCACCACCGGUUCCCCAGUUCGAGUCGGCAUUCGGAAAUGGUUUUUCUACUUCCUCGGUCGGAGAGCGUGACUUUCGUCGGGGUGAAGUAAAGCGACCGCGCUUAGCAGCGACUGCGCAGUCAGCGCCGCACGUGUUCCCGGUGGCAGGGCACAUCAACACUGCGCAAUUCCGGAAUCCAGCAGCGGAGGCCGCCGCGAAGACACUCUUUCCCGAAGAGUCCGCUCUUGAUACCUCGUGUGCGCCACUCGACGACACGCUCGACUUUUUCAGUGAAGUUGCCGCACACCGAACCGCGACACAAGAAGAGGACCACCCUAUGAGUGCAGCUUUCGAGGGGAAGUCUCAGUUUCAACCGUCAGCGCGUUUGGCCAAGUUUUGCGAAUGGAUCCCCCAGAUUUACCGAAAGUAUUUCGAGAAUUAUGAGGUACUGGACCUGAUGAAAAAAAAGCUUCAGCACCAAAACAACUUGAACCUUCCAGCGAAUUACGACCGGUCAAACGCUGAGAAUCUGAAGCGGCGUAUACGAGAAGAGCGCGAAAAGAUCCUCCAACAAGUAGAAGCACUAGAGAACGUCUCCCACCGGACCGCCCCAAUGGAUUUGACUUCGACAGCGGCGCCGAUACGACCCCUGCCGAGCAACGCAGACGACCUGAAUCGACUGCGCACACUGAAAUUGAACACGGCAGCCGUCUUCUACCGGGUCGCAUGUGAGAUUUUUGAUGAGAGGCGGUUCACGAAGGCAUCCAAGGGCGAAAUGCCGGGCUGCGGUUGGACAAAGUUCUCCCUCGCUUACACUAAAGUACCAUUCCUGAUGUUUCAGGCGGAGCUCUCAGCGAUCCUGGCAGCGUCCUCCGAGAACGAAGAGGAAGACUGCUUCUUGGUCCGCCGUGGUCUCCUAUGAUCUCAGAUAGUCAGAAAGUUAAGCACAUGCUAUUGCGCAUCGGUUUGAGCACAAUGCCACAAUCCUUACUAGUUCCCGCGGCGUGAACGCGCAUUCGGCGGCUUUUGCGAGCCACAGUGCUGCUGAAAUCCACGG